AUGCCAUCAGACAAUCAUAAAAUUGUGAUUCAUGCGGAUAAGACGCCUGUUGGGGAACAUGCUAGACGAUUUAAUGCACCGACUGUCGAUGAUAUCGCAAUCAUUAUUGUUGGUGAGAAUUUGCCGUCACGUGAUAUUGUACUUCAUCGCCGCGAUGAUCAAUUGAAGCGUAUUUCGGAAACGCAUCGAUCGUAUGACGCAUUGCAGUAUCCACUGUUAUUUUGGCAAGGGGAUGAUGGAUAUCAUUUCACAAUCCCAAUGAUAGACCCAUCUACAGGAACAGAAACAAAUAAGAAAGUCAGUUCCAUGAACUACUAUGCGUACAGAAUGAUGGUUCGCGAAAAUGAUCCUAACCACAUCCAGAAAUAUCGAAAACUAUUCCACCAGUACGCUGUAGAUAUGUACGUGAAAAUCGAAACUGAGCGAUUGACUUUUAUACGAUUCAAUCAGCAAAAGCUUCGUUCGGAAGAAUACAUUCAUCUGCGCGAUGCAGUUAACGCUGAUGGCAAUAUAAACAAUUUAGGUAGAAUGACGAUUUUGCCAGCGACCUAUAUUGGAAGCCCCCGCCAUAUGCAUGAAUAUGCACAAGAUGCGAUGUCUUACGUUCGUCAAUAUGGUCGACCCGAUUUAUUCAUCACUUUUACAUGCAAUCCGCAGUGGAAUGAAAUAAGGGAACUUUUGUUUCCAGGACAAUCUCCUAUUGAUCGCCACGAUAUUACUGCACGCGUUUUCAAGCAAAAACUUAAGUCUCUUAUGGAUUACAUAGUGAAGCAUCGCGUUUUCGGUGCAAUACGCUGCUACAUGUAUUCCGUAGAGUGGCAGAAACGAGGAUUGCCACAUGCCCACAUUUUGAUUUGGAUGAUAGACAAAAUAAGACCUGAUGAAAUCGACCAGGUCAUAUCAGCGGAAAUCCCCGACGCAAAUGUCGAUCCAGGAUUGUUUGAGGUGGUGACGAAGAACAUGAUACAUGGACCAUGUGGGGCCUUUAACAUGAAUUCGCCAUGUAUGGUCGAUGGAAAGUGUUCAAAAAAAUAUCCAAGAGCAUUGAUCGGUGAAACUGUAACCGGGAAUGAUGGCUAUCCGUUGUAUCGUCGACGAUCAACUGAUGACAAUGGAAGAACAGCAAUUGUGAAAGUAAAUCGUCAGAACAUUGAGGUAGACAAUCGUUGGAUAGUACCUUAUUCCCCACUUUUGUCCAAAACAUUCGAAGCACACAUCAAUGUGGAGUAUUGUAAUUCAGUGAAAUCCAUCAAAUACAUCUGCAAAUACGUUAACAAGGGAAGUGAUAUGGCUAUUUUUGGUGUAGAUUCGGCAAAUGCGAACGACGAAGUAACACAGUAUCAAAUGGGGCGUUAUGUAAGCAGCAAUGAGGCAUUUUGGAGAAUUUUUUCAUUUGCAAUCCACGAAAGACAUCCGACAGUAGUUCAUCUGGCUGUUCACCUCGAAAAUGGACAACGAGUGUACUUCACAACGCAGAACGCGAUUCAAAGAGCAGACCGUCCUCCAUCAACCACAUUGACAAGUUUCUUUUCGAUGUGUCAAAGUGAUCCAUUUGCCCGAACAUUGCUAUAUGCUGAAAUGCCACGCUACUAUGUUUGGAAUCAAUCAUCGAAAACGUUCCAAAGGCGCAAACAAGGUGCUCCUGUCGAAGGUCAUCCAAAUGUAUUUUCAACUGAUGCUUUAGGACGUAUUUAUACUGUGCAUCCAAGCAACGAUGAAUGCUUUUAUUUGCGAUUGCUGUUGGUGAACGUUCGUGGACCACGAUCAUUCCAAGAUUUGCGAACUGUCGAUGGACAGUUGUGUGCGACUUAUCGUGAGGCGUGUCAACGAUUGCGAUUGUUGGAAAACGACGCACAUUGGGAUCACACACUUGCCGAUGCUGUACUUUCAUCACGUCCAAAUCAGAUACGCUCACUAUUUUCUAUUAUUAUAUCGACGUGCUUUCCUUCAAUGCCGAUUGAUCUGUGGGAAAAAUACAAGGACGAUAUGACUGAGGAUAUCUUACACCGAAUGCGUCUCACAACUUCAAAUCCACAGCUAGAAAUAGGAGUGGAAAUAUACAAUGAAGCGCUCAUUCUUAUCGAGGACAUCUGUUUAACGAUGGUUAAUAAAAUGCUGACCAGCCCUGUCGUCGUAAAAUAUGGGGUACUUAGUCGCCUAUUUUUGAAGGGGCGCUCAUACAAUAAGACUAUUUUGAGGGCGCAUAUUCGAAAACUAAGAAUUUCGGUGGGACUAGGGACUAGAUGCUCGGUUCGGGAAACUGCGAAUCUCAUCUUCACCGGAAGCACACGCAUACACGUCGAUGUGCUGUAA